AUGAAUUAGAGCAAUAAAAGUCUCAAUAGUACGAUGACUCGUAUUAAGCAAUUGUCAACAGGUCCUCCUAUCGAAGUAGUGCCUAGCGAGAUCAUAUUUAAAGAUAUAUAGAUAAAUUAGACUUAUGAGAUUACUGUCUUUGUAAGAAACUUAACAUAGACUGCUCGAAGAAUUCGCGUUUUUCAACCUCAUUCUAACUUCAGAUGUGAUUAUGAAAUGCAGGGGUAUUUGUUUAUUAUGAUGACUUAUAGAGCUAUAGCAGCAGGUCUUUCAAUGAAACUGAUAGUAACAUUUGAAACAGCCAGUUUAGAGUAGUAUUAGGACUCAUUGAAAAUUGUGUCAGAUGGUAACUAUACAAUUGAUGUACCACUUUUUGCCUUUCCUCCUUAAGCUGCGUAUUCUUUUAUAUUAAAUUCAAUUUAGCAUAGUAUUUGAGCCAUUUAUUAAUUUGGGGUUUGUACGAGUAGGUAAGGAAAAAGUAGAUAAUAUAUACUUUAAGAAUGAAGGUCGAUCAACUGGUAAGGUAGAACUAAAAAUUGAUCGUUUGCCAGACUUCAAAAUAGAACCAACUACUUUUAGUUUGGGAGCUGGACAAGAAUUUGCAGUAAAGGUAUUUUAUAAACCUAAAGAUGCUGGUAUCUUUCGUGGUUUAGUAGAAGUAAUAGCAGAUGGUUAAAGUCUACAGAAAACAAUAGAUAUAAAUGCUACAUCAAUAGAAUUUACUCGUUUUCUUAUUGACGAUACUGGAGUUUAGAACAAUUUUUUUGAUUUUGGUUAGAUUUAUUAUGGAUAAUUCAAGUAAAUUGAAACAUAUUUGGUAAAUAAUACUCCAAAGUAAUAAAAAUUUAAAGUGAAAUUGAAGAAAGGAUUGCAUUAAUAAGAAGAUGCACUUAAAUUGUAAACUCCAGCUGAAUUUGGUCUUGAAUAAACAGAAAGAAUCAUGGAAUGUUAUCCAGAAGAAGGGGUUUUGGAAAGUUAUUCAUAAAUUGGAAUAGUUUUUAAAUGUAAACCAAAAGUAUCAGAAGAACAAUAAGUUUGGACUAGGACAUUUGCUUUAUCACCUGAAUAAUUGAAACCAGAUUAUGAUGAAUUUCAUUAUUCAGCAAUUUUUGAUUUUUAAGAUAAUGAACCUUUAAUGAAUCAUUUAUAGGUGAGAUGCAUUUGUCCAACAAUAAAAUUCCCACCAACAGCAAUUUUAUAAUUUGGAGUAUGUCCUGCCAAUUAAAGUAAAGAAAUAGUUUUUGAAGUAACUAACAAAUAGACAGAAUUACCAAUACAAAUUCAUUGGCCUGUAGUACCUUAUUUUUCAGUGAAUCCAUCAUUGUCAAUUUUAUAACCUGAAGAAAAGUAAAAUUUUUGGGUAAGUUUCAAGCCUAAAUAAACUGGAAAUUUCACAACUGUUAUUAGUGCUGAAUUACUUGGAGGAAUCUUUAAAAUACCUGUAAGAUUAGCUGGAGUGAGUUAAUAAUUUACAAAUAAAUAAUAAGUUAAAAGAGGACCUGAAUCUCUACCAGAAGAUUUUGAAAUGAAACACACCAUUACUAAAGAAUAAAGUAUUAGUAAUAUUAAAUCAAUUGAAAAGGUUUAAACUUUGGAUAUAUCCUAAUCUGUUUAAUCUUUAGUUUAAUAAGGAAUUUCUUUAGAUAAAAUAGAAGAGUUAAAAUAAAAAUCAUUAAAUAAAGAAAUCUAUAAUGAAUAUUUAAAAAUGCAUAGAGAAUAAAGAUUAAAGUAGAUGAAAGAUAAAAAAAUUAAAUAGAAAUUUACUUAAAUGAAUGAACGUUUGAAGGAAAUCAAAUAAGAACCAGUUAAACCUUCUGGAGCUGCUAAGAAAUAAGAACAAGAGGAAGAACCAAAGCCUGAACCACCAAUUGAUUAUGAAUUUGCAGUUGGAAUGUAAGAUGAUGGAUAUGAACAGGAAUUGGCAUUACCUGAAGCAAAUGAGACUCUUUUUGUGACUAAACCAAUCUUUCAUUAUGAACCACUUAUUUAAAAUUAAUUAAAGGAGGGAAAAUAACUUAAACCAUUUGAACCUGACCUUAAAAAUAUUUAAAAAAAGAAAUUCCCUUUUGAACCUAAAACACAUAGUGAAAUUAGAGAUACAAGUGCUGAAUUAAAUGCUGAUUAAUUACAAAAAAUAUAAGCAGGACCUGUUAAAAUAGAAUUUGGAAAUGUUUUCAUAAAAAGUACAGUAAUCAAAUACUUUUAUGUAAGAAAUGAUCUUAGAAAUUCUAUUAGUGUUAGAUUACAUACUGACAAAGAAGAUUUUAAUUAAUCAUAUAUAAAACCAUAAAUCAUUCCUAGUGGAUAGACUGCUUAAUUUGAUGUUGUUUUAUGUUCAAAAUAAUUAGGAUAAAUUAAAACACAUCUUAAAUAUGUAAUAAAUGAGAAUCAUAUAUUUGAAUUUCUAGUUUAAGCAAAUAUUGAGAGAGUCUUCUUAGAAAUGAAUAGAACUUAAAUUAAAUUUGCAUUUAAUGAAGAUAAUAAUGAAAUGGAAACUGCAGAAAUUGUACGAUUAACAAAUAAUGGAAAUGCAGAAGCCAAAUAUAGAUGGAUAACUACUGAAAAAAAGAUUUUUUAUGUCUAACCUGAAUCAGGUGUUGUACCAAGUGGUAAAUAUCUGGAAUGUUAAGUGAUUUACAAACCAAGUUAAUUUUAACCUUUGCCUGAAGUGAAAUAACCAAUAGGUACUUAACAAGAUAAAAAUACUUAAGGUUAAUAAUAAUAACCAUAAUAAUAAUAAUAAUAAUAACCAUAAUAAUAAUAAUAAUAAUAAUAAUAAUCUAUUAUACCUUCAUAGUAGGCAACAGUUGCUACUAUCAGAAAUGAAGAAGAAAAAUUAACAUUAAAAACAGAAGAUGGAUUAGAUUAAAGCAUCAAAUGUAUGGGAGUUGUUUCUGAACCUAAAUGUACUAUAAAAUAAGCUGUCAUAGAUUUUAAAGAAAUAGUUAUAUGUAAAUAAGAAACUAAAGUUUUAACCCUUAAAAAUCUAUCUAAAAGUUCUGCUGUAUUUUAAGUUUAAACAUCAAAGCUUCCAGAAGGAAUUGAAGUAUAUCCUAUCAAAGGAAAAAUAAGUUCAGAAGAUUCAAGAGAUUUAUAAGUUAAAUUCCUUUCUAAAGAUGAAAGAAUAGUUAAAGGAGAAAUAAUCAUUUUAAUUAGAGGAGGCAAAUAAUUACAAGUACCUGUUAUAGGGUCAGCUAUAAUACCUAAAAUUGAAAUUUUGGAAGAAGAAUUUGAUUUCGGAAAUAUUACAACUUUAGGUACAAGUAAUUAAUUAACAAUGACUUUGGUUAAUAAUUCAACAAUACCUGUUGAUUUAGUUUUGGAUUUGAGACAUUAAAAUGAGAAUCCUAAAGCACCUGAUGGAAUUGAUUGUUUAGAGGUUAAACCAUAAGAUGAAGAUGAUACUAUUUUACAUUCUAUUCACCCUGACAAUGAAGAUGAACCUGCUCCAAAAUUAGAUGAAUCAUUGGAUAAUCAAUCUGAUAAAUCUGAAUAAAUUGAUUUGGAAACUAAAGAGUAUAGAUCUUAUAAUCUGAACAUUUUACCUGGUAAAACAUAAGUUUUUUUAAUGAAAUUCUCUCCUAAAGAUGUAAAACAUUAUCAAUUUGAUAUGCCUAUCUCAUUAGCAAGAUUUAAUUAGAAUUUACCUUCAUUAACUAGAAGAGUAUCUUGUAAAGGGCUUAAACCUAAAUUUUUAGUUGAACCUCAAUCAAUAGAAUUUAAAAAAAAAAUAAUCACAUCUCCUGAUAAAUGUUAUCCAACAGUUGAAGAGAUUAAAUUAUCAAAUCCAGAUAGAAAAGAUGUUAAAUGGCGUAUUGAUACUUCCCCAUUAAAAAUUGAAAAGAUAUUUACAAUAGAACCUAGUGAAGGAAUAGUUGGUUCAGGAUAAUAAGUGAGAAUUAGAGUAAAAUUCAAUCCUUAUGGACCAGGAGUAUUUUAAUCAACUGUUUCACUUUAUAUUGAAUCAGAUCCAGAUAUUCCUAAGACAUUGCCAUAUGUAGAUUUAUUAAUUUAAGGAUCAGGAGCAUAUCCCAGAUUAUUAUUUGAUAAAAAAGAAGUUAUUUUACCAGUAGUACCUCUGAAUGUAGUUUCAAAAUGCUCAUUCAAAAUAAUAAAUGAUGGUUAUGAAAAUUUAAAUUUAAAACAUAAUUGGUCAAGUGAGACAAGUAAUUUUAAUUUAGAAUUAAAAUUUCCAGAAGGUUAAACAUUAGGAGUUGCUAAAAGUAAAUUAAGAGUUGAUGUUUAUUUUUCUCAUAAAAAACCAAUAUCAUUUACAACUAGAGCAGAAUUUUAAGAUGAAGGCAGAGUGUAUUCUAUAUAUGUAUCUGGAACAACAGAUAAUUGUUUAUUAACGAAUUAGAUUUAUUUGUAAAGAAUACAAAAGUAUUAAAUGAUAGCUGAAGAAAAGAAACCUGUUAUGUUUUAAGAAGAUGAUGGAGCUGAUAGUGAUAAUGAAAAAAUGAAACGAAAUCAUACUAUGUCUGUAAAAAGUACAACAAGUUCAAAAGGAACUUCUCAUUUAGGUUAUAGACCUUUAGAUGCAGAAACUUAGAAUGAAGCUUGUGAUUAUAUAAUGAGAUGGAUGAAUUAUCAUGUUCUUACUUAACCUAUUAAUNAACAAUACCUGUUGAUUUAGUUUUGGAUUUGAGACAUUAAAAUGAGAAUCCUAAAGCACCUGAUGGAAUUGAUUGUUUAGAGGUUAAACCAUAAGAUGAAGAUGAUACUAUUUUACAUUCUAUUCACCCUGACAAUGAAGAUGAACCUGCUCCAAAAUUAGAUGAAUCAUUGGAUAAUCAAUCUGAUAAAUCUGAAUAAAUUGAUUUGGAAACUAAAGAGUAUAGAUCUUAUAAUCUGAACAUUUUACCUGGUAAAACAUAAGUUUUUUUAAUGAAAUUCUCUCCUAAAGAUGUAAAACAUUAUCAAUUUGAUAUGCCUAUCUCAUUAGCAAGAUUUAAUUAGAAUUUACCUUCAUUAACUAGAAGAGUAUCUUGUAAAGGGCUUAAACCUAAAUUUUUAGUUGAACCUCAAUCAAUAGAAUUUAAAAAAAAAAUAAUCACAUCUCCUGAUAAAUGUUAUCCAACAGUUGAAGAGAUUAAAUUAUCAAAUCCAGAUAGAAAAGAUGUUAAAUGGCGUAUUGAUACUUCCCCAUUAAAAAUUGAAAAGAUAUUUACAAUAGAACCUAGUGAAGGAAUAGUUGGUUCAGGAUAAUAAGUGAGAAUUAGAGUAAAAUUCAAUCCUUAUGGACCAGGAGUAUUUUAAUCAACUGUUUCACUUUAUAUUGAAUCAGAUCCAGAUAUUCCUAAGACAUUGCCAUAUGUAGAUUUAUUAAUUUAAGGAUCAGGAGCAUAUCCCAGAUUAUUAUUUGAUAAAAAAGAAGUUAUUUUACCAGUAGUACCUCUGAAUGUAGUUUCAAAAUGCUCAUUCAAAAUAAUAAAUGAUGGUUAUGAAAAUUUAAAUUUAAAACAUAAUUGGUCAAGUGAGACAAGUAAUUUUAAUUUAGAAUUAAAAUUUCCAGAAGGUUAAACAUUAGGAGUUGCUAAAAGUAAAUUAAGAGUUGAUGUUUAUUUUUCUCAUAAAAAACCAAUAUCAUUUACAACUAGAGCAGAAUUUUAAGAUGAAGGCAGAGUGUAUUCUAUAUAUGUAUCUGGAACAACAGAUAAUUGUUUAUUAACGAAUUAGAUUUAUUUGUAAAGAAUACAAAAGUAUUAAAUGAUAGCUGAAGAAAAGAAACCUGUUAUGUUUUAAGAAGAUGAUGGAGCUGAUAGUGAUAAUGAAAAAAUGAAACGAAAUCAUACUAUGUCUGUAAAAAGUACAACAAGUUCAAAAGGAACUUCUCAUUUAGGUUAUAGACCUUUAGAUGCAGAAACUUAGAAUGAAGCUUGUGAUUAUAUAAUGAGAUGGAUGAAUUAUCAUGUUCUUACUUAACCUAUUAAUAAAUUCCCUGAAGAUAUUGUUACUAGUUUUGGAUAACAAAUAUUUGAAUUAUUAACUUUUUUAACAGGCAAAGCAAAUUUCCAAUAUAAAGCUUAAAUUGAUUAAAAUUGGAAACGUUAACAAAAAGCAGAAGCUUAAUUUAAGUAAUAUGAUGAAUUAGUAAGACAACUAAAAAUAGAAGGAGCACUUCUUAAUCACAUAAGAUCAGAAUAUUUAUUAGGACAUAAUGAUUAUAAUGCAUGGUUAAAGACUGUACCUAAAGAGAAAUAUGAAUUUGUACCAGAUAAUAGAUUAUAAUUAAGUUAAGCCAAAUAUAAUUAUUUACAUUAUGAUGCUUGGAUCUCAACAUUUUAUUAAAUAAUAAAAAUAUAUUAUUUAAAUAGAAUAACUGCAAAAUCAUUUAAAUAAUUACCAGGAAUUCCAACAGAAAGAUUAAAUAUUCCAGAUUAUUAUUUAGAUGGAUCUAAUGUUAUAUCUCAUGCUGAAGGUGUUAUUCUUUGGUUCUAUGAAGUUUGUUAUGAACAACAACAUACAGGUUAGAUUAGAAGGAUAAGUAAUUUUGCAUCUGAAUUCAGGGAUAGUUUACUUAUAUCAGAUGCAGUUACUUAAUUCAUUGGUCCUAGUAUGUAGAAAUUCUUUAGCAAUUUAAGAACUAAUAUGUAAAGUGAGGAUGAUUAUAGACAUAAUGCAGAUAAAUUAAUGCCAGCAUUAAGUGAUUAUGGUUUACAAUCACAUGUUUAAGCUAGAGAUAUCUAUCAUAAACCAUAUCCAAGAGAAAUGUUAAUGAUGUUAGUAUAAUUGUUUUUUUCUCUUCCUCAUUAUGUACCUUAGAAGGAACCUAUUGUUUUCUAAUGUAUUUUGGGAGAGGAAGUAAUAAAAUCAAUUGAAUUAAGAAAUCCAACUUAAAAACCAAUAAGUUAUUUUGUUAAAUAUGAGGGUCACCCUGAUUUUUAAUUGGAAGGUGAUGAAAGUAUAAAAAUUGAACCAGACAUACCUUAUAAUUACAAAGUGAAAUUCACUUCUCGUAUUUCUCUGCCUGUUACAGGUAGAGUGAUUUUCACAAAUAAAAAAGAAACAAAUGUUUAGGCAGCAGCAUUAGUAUUUGAUUUAAAAAGUAAUAUUACAGGAAGGAAAUCUGAAAAAUAAUGGAAUGUAAGUUCAAUCUUAUAUGAGAUAUUUGAUUUUCAGAUUUAAAUUACUAAUAAAUUUCCAUAAGAUGGUGAAUUUUAAAUAUAGGUAAUACAUGAGAAAAAGUAAAUAGAAUAAAGAGGGAAAAAGAAGAAAGCUCCUCCAGCAAAAGAUGCUCCACCUGAGGAAGAAUUCCCUUCAUUUUUCUGUACAAUUGAUAGACAAAGAAUUAGAAAGAAUUAAACUAUUAAUUUAUCAUUGACAUAUAUUCCAUUAACAAUAGACACACAUAAAUGUUCUCUCAUAUUUACAGAUCCAAAUGUGGGUGAAUUUCAACAUGAUUUAUAAGGAACAGUUGAAUUACCUAAUAUUAUAGGUGAAUUCAAACCAGACAAAUAAUUAUAUGUUGAUAGUAUUUAAACAAUUUCUUAUAUGAUUCCAUUUAGAAAUGAAUAAUUAGCUCGUGCUCGUAGUUAGAUUUAAUAAUUGGUUUAGAUGAAAUAGAAAGAUAGAUAUUUAAAAGGUGAUAAAUAGGCCUCAACUUUAACAGCAUCUAAACUUAAUUUUCCUGGUUCUAAUUUAGAUAUAAUUACAUUUGAAAUAGAAAUUUAUCCACAAACACAAUACCUUAAUCUUCCUCCUACACUCUAAAUAACUGAUUUAAAUAAAUAAACAAAGAAACCAGGUACUGAAAAUAUUGAUUGUAAAUUACCAAUUAUCUAUGCUUUUAAAAAUGCAACAAAAGACUUUAGUGUCAUUUUAACAUUAAAAAAUAAAUUUGAUAUUAGAAGAUAUAAAUUAUCAGCAAUAGUGUUACCAAAGGUUGUUAAAGCUAUGUUAGAAUUUAGAGUUCCUGCAAGAUAAUCUAUAACAUAAGAUAUUCCUAUAGUAAAUCAAACUGAUAGAGAUUGGUAAAUAAAAGUACAACUUUCAGAAUCAAAAGGGUUAUUCUCAUGUCCUUAAAGAGACUUUUUUGUAAAAAGAAAAUCUUCUAAUAAUUUUCCAAUUACUUUUAGUCCAUCUUGGUUAAAAGAGUGUGAUGCUAAAUUAGUAUUAACAAAUCCAACAACUAAUGAUGUUUUUGAAUAUGAUCUAAAAGGUUAUGGUGAAGAACCAGUAGCAGAAGAACAUAUAAUUCUAAAUUGUUAAGCUAGAAAAUUAACUAAGAAAGAAAUUGAAUUAAAAAAUCCAACAGAUAAAAUUAUUACUUAUUCUGUAGAAACAGAUUUAAUAUAUGCAUCUGGACCAUCAUAAAUAGUUGUUUAACCAUAAAAGAAAGCAACUUAUGUUUUAUAAGUAUAACCAGUCUUAAGUGGUUAAUAUACUGGAUCAAUAACAUUUACAGAUGAAUAAGGACAUUAUUUAUGGUACACUGUAUUUAUGAAUACAGAAUCUCCUAAAUCAGUUCAAACACUUGAAGUGUCUUGUUUAAUUAGAUAAGCUACAGUUAUUCAAUUAACACUUGCUAAUCCUCUUACAGAAACUGCAAUUUAUGAAGUUAUGAUAAAUGGAGAUGGUUUAAUAGGUGAAGAACAAUUUGCUAUUGGAGCUAGAAAAGAAGCUGGAUAUGAAUUAACUUUUGCUCCAUUAAAAAUAGGUAGAUGGAGAGGUAGUGUUGCAUUUGUAAAUAGAUUAUUGGGUGAAGUCUGGUAUGAAUUCAUACUUACAUGUGAAGAUCAACCAAUUGUUAGAUUAAAUGUAUUAAAAGCUUCAUUAGGUAAAGUUGAAUAAUAGGUUGUCAUACUUGAAAAUCCAUCUGAUUAAAAGAUCUAAGUCUAAUGCAGAAUUACUAACCCUACUAAUUUUGAUAUAUAUCCAGAUGAUCUCAAAAUACAACCUUAUGAUUCUUUAAAGGUUGCCUUGAGAUAUACUCCAUCUUCAUUAGAUAUCAUAGAAUAAUCAGAUAUUAUAUUUACUUCACCUAUUGGAAAAUGGCAUUAUUUAGUUUUUGGAAGUGGAUUACCUCCUACUAAAUUCCCAGCAACUACUGUUAGUAUUGGAUUAAAUAAAGACUAUAGUUCAGUUAUUCAUUUUAAAAAUCCAUUUAAAGAACCUAUUUAAGUUUCUAUUUCAUUAGAUGCUGAAGGUCAUAAUUAAGAAGUUUUUAAGUUAUUGCUUGUUAGAAAUCAAAAAACUGAUAAAACUCUUGUUCCAGGUAUGAAUGUCCUUCAAGUUCCAUUCUCAUUUGUACCUAGAGAAAUUACAAGUUAUUAUUGUGAAGUUGUUAUCUCAAUGAAUGAGAAGAUUUAAUGGCAUUUCCCUGUUAAAGGAGUCACUGAAUCUGUCUCUACAUAGACUCUAUUCCAUUUCAAAGCAAAAUGCAGAGAAAAAUGGGAAGAUGAAAUUAAAGUAGGUUUGUAAGGAAUUGCAUAAAGUUUGUAAGCAGAUGAUAAAUUUGAUUAUGAAUUGGGUGGGAUGCCAUUAGAUUUAUAGACUAUGAUUUAAAAAUGUUUUACUAUUAAAUGUCUAAAAAAUCAUCUUGAUAGUCCUCAUGAUAAUUUACUCUAUUUUGUAAGAUUUUAACCAAUGAAACCAUUUAAGACUUCUAUGGAGUUUAUAGUACUCAGAUAAUCUGGAGGAAGAUGGAAAUAUAAAAUACAACUAGAGGCCACUGAACCUGAAGAAGAUGAUACUAUUUUAAUUAGUUCUCCUCUAAAUAAAACAACAAGUGUCUCAUUUAAAUUAACAAAUAAAACAAAAAACUAUAGUAAAUUCACUGCAGCCUUUUCUCCUGAAUCAGAUGCUGAAUUUUCUGUUAUUCCUAAAAUUGGAGAUCUAGAACCUUAUGGUAGGGAAGGAACUACAUUUAUUAUUAGUUUUACACCAGUUGAAUAUGGAAAAAUUAGAAAGGGUAAAUUGGUAAUUUAGACUGAAGAUAUGUAUUGGUAAUUAAUUUAAAUAAAAUUUAGGUCAUAUUCUAUAAGAGGAGUUCUACCAAGAUAUAUACCUCCUUAGAUAAAAUAAUCAUUAGUUGAUAAUAAAUAAUAAUAAUCUUAAGUUCAAAUGUCAAUGACUUUGAGUAGAAACUUUGUUGUAGAUAAUAUAAAGAAAGCAAGAUAAUUAUCACCAAAAAGUGCUCGUAAUUAAUUGAGUUUACCAUUAAUUGAAAAAAAAUGA